AUGGAGUACAGUAUAGCAAGAGAUAAAAUACCAGGCAAAAUUGAAGUUGUUCCUGAGGAGUGUGCUAUUAUUGUUAAUUACACCCUUCAAGUCAAGAUAUUUGAUCAAAAUUAUACAACAAUUGCAGAAAGAUCACGUGAAAAGUCAAUCAAAAUCAAUUUUACAGGCAUGAAACCAGACUCUGAUUUAGAAGAAGUCGCUGAUACAUUAAUCGAUCAAACAGAGCUACUUAGAGCAGAUAAUAGAGACGAUCUCAUUAAAGCAUUAAUGGAAUUACAGUAUGGUUGUGAUGGUAAGUAUGUUGCAGGACCCAAUCAACCGGAUUCUCCAGUUAAAAAUACAACAAAGCAAAUUACAUCCAUCGUCAAGUCAGGAGAUGUUAAAAGUUUAGCCAUCAGUAUGUCCAAAAAAGAAGUUGACACAGCUAUGCACGAUUCUCUCGUCAAAAUCGGUAUGGGAUCAAAAGAAGAUGUCCGAAAAACACUUGAAUCACUUGUUAAGAUUGCUUCAUACGAUCGCAACCUUGCUCUCAUGGUACAGAAUGAUCCUCUCAUUACGACUCUCUGCACUACCCUUAAAAAUUACACUCAAAAAGCAGAUUUAACAAUUUGCUCCCCCAUCAUGCAGAUUUUUGAGCGUAUUUCAUUGUUCAGAAACUUCCACGAUCUCUUCCCAAGAUUCAAAAUCGGCCAAUUAGUUCUACAAGUUUUAUUCGGUAUGAUAAAAAUCGCAGAUAAGGUCCAAGAGUCACAGAAAGACAUCUAUCCGAGAUAUGUUAAACAGCAAAACGUUCUCUUACUACACGUUAUCAACGUUUUAUACAAUUUGACUGAUAAUUCGAAUACUACGAACAAAUUAGUCGAUAACGGUAUUAUCACAGGUCUUGUUGAACUCAUGAAGCGUUCUAAUCCAGAAUUACUUACUUCUGUUCUCAGAUUCAUUCGCAAACUCUCAACAAUUAAGUUAAUUUGGUCAAAUCUUGAUGCAGAUGAGAUUAUCAAUUCCAUAAAAGAAGAUAUAUACAACAAGAUCAAGCCUGGUGGUGAUAAAACUAACAUUGCCAUGGCCCCUGUUUACAAUGAGACAUUAGAUCUUCUUUUCAGGUUUUCAGAGCAUCCAGAGACUCUAGAGAUCUUCCGCCAGACCAAACUCUUCGACAGCAUGCAAGGAUUGUGCGAAAUCAAAGCUUGCAGACUAAAUCUUUUGUCAUUCUUCUACCAAGUCUCAAGAAUGCGCUCAUCCGAUGAAAUCUUCAAGCCACAACAUGUAUUGAACAUGCUUGUCCAAUGCGCGACCGAAAAUGGCAAAGAAAGACAGAUCGCGUUAGUAGUUUUGAUGAAAUUAACAUCCAGUGACAAAGAAGUCAGUGAAGCCAUUUCUAAAUCGCCUGUUUUCACACACGAGAACAUUAGGAACAUCUUCAUUGAUUGCACUAAAGAAGGAAGUGGCAAAGAAUCAUCAACAUUACUUAAAUUAAUCAGAAAUGUUGCAGAUAACAAUCCAUCAUUAGUUGAAGGAUUUGAUGACCAAAUAAUGUUGGCAGCAGUUAAAUACAAAGACCAAUACGACACAUUAACUGAUAUUAUGGCCGUUGCUAACAGAUCUGCAAUAGAUUCAUCGAGAUCAAAAGUUUUCAUGAGCAACAAGAAUUUCAUGGAUUUAUUGAUAAAUGUUCUUGAAAAAUCUACAUCAAGGAGAGUUCCUCCACAACUUAUUCUUGAGAUUGUGAUGUUCUGUGGUUCUCUUCUUUUGUACAGUAAGCCUGCAAAGCUUUUGGUAUCAAAGAACAUUGUUCCUUUGACUUUGAAUGUUUAUAAUAAUUUCUCUGAUGAUUAUGAUAUGGAAACACAAUGUUUGUACUGUUUCUACAUGUUUAUUAUUCACGGAGAUUCAAGAAAACAAUUGCUGGAAGAUAAGUCAAUCGUUGACAAGGUAAUUGCUCAGUCAGGAUCAACUAAUGUCGUGUUGGCUGACAUGGCAAGCAAAGUUCUCGACGUGUUGAUGAUAUUUGAUAAGUCAAUUCCUGAGAAAAUUAGAUUACCUAGGUUCCUGGCGUAUAACCAGGACUGGCUAAGACAAAUGGGACUUACAAAGUAA